AUGGAAAAAUAUACUGAUUUAAACCAUCCGUUGUAUGUUCCUGGUACAUUCUCGAUAUACUCCUCGGCGGUGAUUCGACAGCUGAAAAAGGAGCAAAACCGCCGAAGAUCCUCCUUCACAACUAACAAUUCAUCCUCGAAGUCUCUAUCCUCAGAGUCAGGACAGAUGGCACCAGGAGUCGAAAAAGUGACACUACAACCGCAUGAUCUGGGACUGGACUAUAACUAUCGUUACGAUUCCAAGGUUCCCCUCGAAUUGAUUCCUGAGUUAAAGACUCGUUACGGUGUUAUUUUAUUACCUCAGCCUACCAACUCGCCUAAUGACCCUUUUAACUGGUCGUUUCGUCGCAAAACAGUUCAUUUCCUUAUUCUUAUGUCCUUAACUGCUUUAUCUGCUGCUAUCACUAACAACGCAUCCACUCCUCAGGAUUCUAUCAACAAUCUUACCAAUAUAUCUUAUGACACUCUCAACAACUCGGCCGGGGUUCUAUUCAUUUCUAUAGCCAUAUCGACUUGGCUUUACGCACCAUUGGCUACGUUAGUUGGCCGAAAAAUCUCUUUUAUUUUGGGUAUGCUCCUAUCCAUUGCUGGCUCAGUAUGGUAUGCUUCUAUGGCUCACAGUGGUGACUCCUUUGGAUCACAGGUACUUAUAGGAUUCUCUGAGGGCUCGACGGAAGCACAGGUGCAACUUUGCUUAAGCAGCAUCUUAUUCCGCCAUCAACUAGGUUCAGUCAUUACGAUCUAUGUUCUUUCCUAUUGCUUGGGAACUUACUUGGGUCCAUUGGUGGCAAACUAUGUAGCCGAAAGAUCCAGCUUUCGUUGGGUUGGUUGGACAAAUGUCAUUGCAUCUGUUGUUGGAUUGUUGGUGGUGAUCUUGUUAUUCGAAGAAGACUUGUUUGAUUACUCCCGUUUCAAGCACCAUACCACAGAUGCUGUCUUCAACUUCUCUCUUGCUCAGCAUGGAAUAUUGAGUAACGAAGAUGAUCUCACGUUGGGAUUUUUCGACAAGAAAUGGGGGCGCUGGAAACGUUUCUCCCCAAUAAGCCUUCCUGAGAACCGUGACUAUCACAACGUAUUGCAAUUCGUAAAGCAGUACUUUAAACUUUUGGUAUUCAAUCUCAAGUGCCUGUGGUUCCCUCCCGUACUUUUUGCAGGUGUCGUAUGGGGUUUGCAAAACUCUAUUCUAACGUUUUACCUUACAACCGAAGAUACCGACCUUGGCUCUCGGAAUUUCAAUUAUUCUUCUCAGAAAGUGGCUCUUAUGAAUAUUCCUUGCAUUAUCGGAUCCACUAUUGGAUCGUUAUAUUCUGGAUCUCUCACAGAUUACUUCAUACUAUGGAUGGCAAGACGAAAAAAUGGUAUAGUGGAGUCAGAAUUUAGGCUCUAUUUCUCCUUUCUCUCUGGUAUAAUAGGAUGUAUCGGCCUUGUUAUGUUUGGAAUAGGUGUGGCCAAAGAGUUGGACUGGAGAGUUUUCUAUGUCGGUUUAGGUUUUAUUGCUUACAUGUUUUCUUCGGCCUGCAAUCUUUCAAUGCUUUACGUCAUUGAUACCUACGAUCAGUUGAUACUCGAGACGCUAGUUGCAGUUGCUUUGAUCAAUAACAUUAUGGGAUGCAUAUUUACUUUUGCAUGCUCUCCUUGGUUAAAUAGCUCGGGCACUCAGAAUACCUAUAUAGCAUUGGCAGUCAUCACUUUUGCUGUAAUGCUGCUAGCCGUCCCCUACUUGAUUUGGGGGAAAACCUGGCGUAAAGCUACCAAAAAUACUUACCUUCAAAUGGUCAGAGCCAGAGGUGGUGAUACUACCACAAUUUAA